AUGAAGAUCACGGAUUGGGUCUUAACUUCCGGAGAUCAGACCCGAGUUAGUCGGAAUCUCAUCGAAAAUGUCUCGGGUUUUGGACCAACGGGUCUCACAAACCGCUGCGAUUUGGAGGAAACCAACAUCGGAUUUGGGUUCAGGGGGUCAAAAUUAAUGGAAAAGGGUGGGCGGUGUGACUGGGAACUAGCCGACAUUGGGGUUUCCGAAGAGCCACCGUGGUCACCGAAAACCGUCACCCCCAGCGGCACGUCCAGUGGCUACUGGAUGAUAUUUUUGGAAGAAAGCUUGAUAUCUAUCAAGGGGAUAUUGUUUUACAAUAGAUUAUAUCAACUCAGGGGAAUUUGUGAAGACGAAGUCAUGAAGUUGAAGAGGUUGAGAGUAUUAAGCUUCCGCUUAUGUCGUAAUUUUAUGGAAUUGUCUAAAUCAAUUGGUGAACUAAAGCAUCUUCGUUAUCUUGACCUCUCUCACACUGCGAUUAUAAGAUUGCCUGAAUCUAUAACAAAUUUGUACAACUUAGCGGCAUUAAAUGUGUCAUUUUGUUAUAAGCUAACAGAGUUGCCUAAAGAUAUGUAUCAUCUCGUUAGCUUGCAGCUUCUUGUUAUACUUUAUACCAAUAUAGUAGAGAUGUCAAUAGGGGCCAACGAUGCAUUAGAAGCCAAGUUGAUGGAGAAGAAGUAUCUGGAAGAGCUGGUGUUGUGUUGGAAUCGUGAUACUAAUGAUUCAAAGCAUGAAAAAAAUGUACUUGAUAAGCUAUUUCCUAGUACAAACUUGGAGAGGCUUUCCAUCAACGAAUAUGGAGGUACGACAUUUCCAAAUUGGUUAAGAGAUGGUUCAAUAGGAGGACUUGAAGGAGUAGUGAGUCUGGAUGCUGAGUUCUAUUACGGAAUCGAGAAUAAUGGUUCUUCUAUGGGAAAGGUUUUUGCAUUGUUAGAAUUUUUUAGCUUUGAGAAGAUUUCAAACUGGGGAGAAUGGUGUAUAGAUGAGGUCAAAGAUGGUGAAGUUUUCCCUAAGCUGCAACAGCUCGAAAUAAGAGAUUGUGAUAGGCUUGAAUUGUCUCACAACUUUCCAUCUUUAACAGAGCUAAUAAUCGAUGGAGAUGAGGUUGUUAUUUCUUCAUUCCCAAGGACUCCAAUCCUUUGUGAGUUGAGGUUAGGUGGUUGGUGUGAAAAACUAAAGCUACAGGAUCUGUUCCUGCCACAAACACUGGAAACUAUUGCAAUAGGAAUUCGUUAUUGGGUUGUUGAAAUUGGCCCAAAUUUGAUAGCAAUCAGGAAUUGUGAGAAAGUAGAAUUCCCAUUGCACCAUUCACUCAGGUCAUCCAUUGAAACGGUUGAGAUAAUGAAUAGUUGUGGUUCACUUGAAUGCUUUCCUCUGGAUUUCUUUUUCAAUCUCAGGGAACUCAUAAUUGAAGGGUGUAAAAAUCUAGAAUCAUUGAUGCUCACAAAGUCAUUGGAUGACAUAAUCCCUCUGUCUCCUAACGGAGGCAUCGUUUGGGAAUCAUUUCCGGAGGAGGGGUUGUUGCCUUCCACUCUUACUGAGCUUUACAUCCUUGGAAUUGGAAGCCUUAAGAGGCUGGGGGAAGGUCUUCAACAACUCACAAAUGGUGGGUGGAGCUUUUUUGAUAGGAUCGCUACACGUGAGGUGGUAGACUCCCUGAGAGGAAACAAACUCCGCGAUAAGUUUCUCAACAGUUUGAAGACUAUACUAUCAGUUAUUAAUGCAGUACUUGAUGACAUGGAGGAGAAGCAAAUCACCAACCCGAAUAUCAAGCAGUGGCUGAACGAGCUUGAAGAUGAUUCCUAUGAUGCUGACGAUUUUUGUAGAGAUUUCUUCAGGAACAUUAAGGCCGUUGAUAAGAAACCAUCACCAAGACCACUGAACAUAUCUUUAACAGAAGAAUCCAAAGUCUAUGGUAGAGAUGAGGAUAAGGAUGCUAUAAUCAAGUUGUUGCUAACAGAUGAUGAUCAUGAGAUGCUCAAUGAUGCAGAGGAGAAGCAAAUCAUAGCCCCAUUAGUGAAGGAAUGGCUAAAUGAGCUUGAAGAUGCUGCGUAUGAUGCAGAUGAUAGAUUGGAUGAGAUUGCAACUGAUGCUUUGGAGUAUAAGUUGGAAGCUGAAUCAAAAACUGGCGCAAGGAAAAUAAGUAACAUGGAUCUCAUUGUGAAGGGUGUAAAAAUGUAG